AAACAACUGUGAAAAGAAGACAAUGAGCCGGGAAAAGUGCCGCCCAGUUUGACGACGCAUUUGAUGCGGAGUUUUCGACACGGGAAACACUUAUUAGUGUGCGGCCUCAUAACUAGUUAUUACAAAGGUGUAUCAUUCAACCUAUCUUAAGUGAUGUCCGAAGAAACAACCGUUAAGAAGACACCAAAUAACACGACGCUGGAGUCAAAAGGGUUUAACAUCGAAAGGCAUCAGGGACAGUAUCAUUGAAAUGGAAGUGGCCGAGGUGUCGACCAGCAUGGCAACGAACAUAAUCAAAGCUGAUAGAUCAAGAUUGCAUGAAUACAGACUCCCUUGAUAGCUAUUCCUUUAUAAGUAAUCAGCGGCCUCAGAAACAGUCGAUACACGAAACAAAGUUAACGUGAAGGUAUCAAUUCCAAGAUAUUUAUGCUACGGCAUGUGGAAACAUUUGCUUUUUGCUGCGCAGCUCGUGGUGUCAACACAGUUCUCAUCUGCAGCAUCAGGGCAUUCUAAGUUAACGAAACCGUGGCAAAUGGAAUCUUUCGCCGAACGGUUAAGGGGGCACAAUGCUCAAAAUCUGACGUACAGUGAAACAGCAGCCAUUCUACGAGCCCGAGGCUACAAAGUGAAGGAGUUCAAAGGUGAGCCACCAUUGGUAAUGAUUGCUGACACUGCGCACCUGCCCGAGCAGGUAAUGCCCCAAUUGUCACAAGACCGAUUCACUGGUAUCAUCUCAAGCAACAACCUAUGGAAGGACGAAAGAGGCUCAGCUCAGUGCUGGUACUUUUUUGACACAGAAUCACGAGCAGACAAGAAUGUGUUCAAGGCCGCGGUAAAGACGUGGAGUGACAAAAGCUGCAUCAAGUUCAACAAGAUUCCAGACGGCCCAUGCACACAGAAAGUCGGGCACGGCGCCAUCUGCGUAGGAGACUACGGCGGCUGCUUUUCUUUUGUAGGCAACAUCUACAAGGAGGGAGGGACACCACAGAAGAUGUCCGUUCAGCCCAAUGGCUGCGAAAUGGUGGCCGCGGCACACGAGUUCGGCCACGCGCUGGGCAACCAGCACCAGCAGAGCCGUCCAGACCGAGACUUGUUCAUGUUCGUCAACAACGAGAACUUUGAGGUGUCGGUGGACAAGAGCAAGCGGGGCGAUGCCUUGUCGAAUACGUGGGCGCAGGGUGGCCGCUGCGCCAAGGAUCAGGUGGUCGACCUGCCGGUGCCUUACGACUACAUGUCUCUGAUGCAGUACGCCACGACGGCUUUUGCCGAUGACGACCUCCGGCCCAUUUUUGUGUCCACCGACGGGCACUACCAGUACAUACUCGAUUAUCACCGCAAGGCGGGUAUGGCGCAGUCGCAUUACGACAUGUACGCCCUGAACACGGUGUACGGCUGCGAUAAACUCUGGGCUGCGUCUUGUAGAUUUAACGGAAAACACGUGCCAAAGUGCACAAACAUGGGCUUCUUAACUAAAGACUGCACGUGUCAAUGCCCGAGGGAAUAUACAGGUGAAACCUGCGACACGAAAGCAGGGCCUACAUACCCCAUUCUAGCCAAAGCAAAGGUGAUGAUCGAUGUGAGGAAGUCCCAGAAGAUUUAUCUGGGAACCAAGACGUUUGUGCCGGACAGGGGUGAUGCAGUAUUGGACAACUUUAAAUAUUUUCAGUUCUUCACGGUGAUAGCUGACGGUGACACCAAAACACAGGUGUCAAUAAACAUAAAACAGAGCGCAUACAAGAGCCGCUUCUUUUUAAGUCGACAAUCCGCCUUCUUCAUCAUAAGAAACAUCCACUUUAUGGACUGCCAGAUCAAUCUGUUCUGGGGCCUUUCGAAAAAGGGCCAGCUGAGGACCGAGUGCCUGUCAUCCGUGGCCAACAACGAACCUGACGGACCCAUGUUUAACAGCAGGAGCAGCCACCUGGACAUGAUUUACCGCAGCAGCAUAGGCUACAGCCUUGGCGAUCCCAAGAUCAGCAUCACCUUGAUGCAGCUACAGUUGGACGUCGUCUUUGCCCCCAAGCCUGACAAAGUGCUCAAGCUGAAGAAGGCAGCGUCCAGUGGCGGCAGCAACGGCGGUAACAGCACCGGCGGCAAUGGCACUGACCCGGGCGCGUCCAGCAUGAUUGGUGCCGGUGCCGGCGUCGGUCUGGGAGUGGGUCUGACGCUGCUGGUACUCUUGCUCAUCGUGUGUAUCGCGACUGCCCUUAUCGCCAGGAGGAAGAGGCAACUGGCAGCCAUGCUAGACCCGGACGCCAUGCUGGACAACAUCGCCGAACACCUAGGUGACAGCAGCGACUCAACCAGUACUUUCUUUGACGACACAACCGACAGCGACGACGAUGACAAGUCGUGAUGGUGUCGUGCGGCAAUGAGUUCAGG